AUGUUUGAUAUUUCCUUCAAAUCCAAUUGGGAAGACAAAUAUCUACUCAAACAAGACGAUACAGACUCUGAACAACAAUCAUGUCAGGCAAACAGCAAUCACCUUCUUUCAAUGGAUAAUGAUGAACAGUAUUCUUUGCCAAUAACUACAAAAUGGGUAGACCUAGCAAAAGUUUAUGAAAACAUGUAUGGCAUACUAGAAUUCCCACCACCAACAACUAUAUUCACUUCAAGCAGAUGUAUCGCACUGGGAACCAGUAAAGGCCAUGUUUUGAUUUAUAAUUAUAGUCAAUUCAUCACACACGUAUUAGUUCCAGAAGAUCAAGAGUUUAGGUCACCAAUCACAAUGAUUAACUUAUCGCACGAUGGAACUUAUUUAGCAGCUGCCUGCAAGUCCGGUGAUAUAUUUUUAUGGGAUUUGAACCGGCCACCCGAACCCACUUCAAGAGAAGAAUCCUUUGAGAAAAUACUCUCUAUCCUUCAUAUUGUUGAACAUAGAAACUCUGAAAUUCUUAGUCUAGAAUUUUUAUCGAAUAAGCAUACCGGAAUUGUUGUGAGCGAUAAUAAAUUUAGGAUGUUGUAUCACAAAGGGUUCAGAAAUGGGUUGUGGAAGUUAAAAUACACCACCGCAGAAAUCCCUACCGAGUCUCAAAAUCUAGGUAAUGACCGCAUACUUGUAACGAAAGCACUACCCUUUCCCUAUAAAAUAAGGGGCGAGUGUAUCGAAGAUAUUGUAGCAAUAUUGGAUUUAAACAGUGUGAAGAUACUUUCUUUCAAGAAAGCGAACUUGAUACUAUUUUAUAAGACUUUUGAUACCCCAAUGCGGUCGGUUGGUGAUUUGCUAUGGAACAUCGAAGAUGAUGGCGGUAAGUCUUUGUAUGUCUCAAGAGAUUCCUCAGUUUAUCUUUUUAAAUUUGCAGUUGAUGAAACGAGCCUUGGAUCUGGAUUUACUUUAAAAUCAACGAAAAAGUUUGAGCAUGCGGAGUGUGUUGAAAAAUUGUCCUUAAUAAAUAAAUACAUGGUAUCUUUGUUAACCAGCUCGGGAAAAAUUGAGUUGCUAGACAUGUAUUUGUGUGAUCCAGCAAAAAUAGCUAGCCGCAUUGAUAUAGCAAAAUUUUAUCUUUUACAGCCGUUAAAGCUUUGUGUUUCAUCUAUUAACUCCCAAAUUGCAUUGUUAACAAAUUCUUCAUUAAAGAUGGCAAAGUUCAAUACGUGGUCCGAGACUAUUUUAAGUUGUUUGCAACAAGGGAACAUGUCAAUGGCUUUACAAAUACUAAUGGAACUUUCCAGUGAGAAUUGCACAUCUUUUAGAAUGAUCCUAAAAUUAGAUAACGACCCUCGAAUAAUAAAAAAAGAACUAAAUAGAACGUUUGAGUCACUUUCUUUGGCUAUAAUAGACCAUCUCUCAAAACAAGAUAUAAAUGAUUCUGACCGUAGUCAUAGCACUGCCCAGUUAGACAAGAUUUUUGGUGAAAUUAUAGAAAUAGAUUCCAAAUUAAAUCCUAGAGAAAUGCCUAUUAUUGAGCACUUAACUGAAAAAGAACUGAGUGACGAAAUGGAGACCGUGUUUUUAUCUAAACUUGUGACGUUCCUAGAACAUGGCAGCCUUAACAAAGUUUUUCUUCCACCUUUGACUGUUAAAAAAAUUAUAAACUAUUAUGUAGGUGGUAUGAACACAAAAGACACUAACCUGGCCCAUAUCCUUUCAUGUCUAGUUUUCAAACUUGAUCCCGUAUGCUAUGACAUAGACCAAUUGAUCAAAUGUUUAAAUAAAAUAGGUGCUUGGGAUUUGAUCUUGUAUUUCUGGCCCAAUGUUUUUAACGACUUUGUGUCUCCGUUCAUUGAACUGCUAUCAGAAUUGGUUAGCCCAAGGGGCACAUUCUUCAAAGGGGCCAGCCACGAAGAACUUCAAUACUUACUUUUCCAAUAUCUUUAUUAUUCACUAAGCGGGCUAAGGUUUCCUAACAGUCAGACGCUUACAGAAGAAGAGGCCACUACUGUUAAAACAGCCUUGUAUGGUGUUAUAUUUAAUGGAUCAACAAUACGUUGGCCACAAGCCAGCAACGAAAAGUUGUGUGUCUUUUCCAAAGACUAUGGUGAGCAUGAGCCUGCUUAUCCCUAUUUCAAGUUUUUACUCCAGCUGGACCCAUUGAAAUGUUUAGCUUUGUUGAACUGUCUAUUUGAAGACUCUUAUUUUAACGGAAUGGACAGUAGCGAAUUUGGGACAACUGAAAGCAGACAAACAAUCAUUGACAUUCUUUUGGGGAUUGUUAAUUCAAGUGAAGAUUUGGAUGAAAAUAUUGCAAAGUUGAUAAGUGUUUUCAUCUCAACCAAUUACCCAAAAUAUCAACAAUUUAUUAGAAUAUCAACAAGAAAUUGCCAUGUCUUGAUAAAAAAUCUUUGCAAGAACAACAUCUAUAAACAGGACUCUGAACUAGGUGUAGAAUGUUUGUUGUCGAUGAAAAAGGUGCAUUUUGAUUUGGAGAAGUAUAUCCCCAUUUUUUCAGAAAAAGGGUUUACCAGGGUGUUGUUUAGCAUCUAUAGAAGUGAACACAAAUAUGUGAAUUGUUUAAAAUUAUACUUCCAGCUGGAUUCCCCCAAUGUUUUUGGUGUCCAUUUGAUCCCUCUUCUCGAAGAGGCUUUUUUGUAUUUAAACACCGAUCCCAUUGAAAAACAAUUAUUGAUAGACUCGCUUUUAGUAAACUUUGCAAAGUGUAUCUCGGUUAAUGCAUCUCAGUUUGCUGUUGUAUUGUGUAAAUACUGUCCUUCUGCUUGUGCCCACAUAACAAAAACCCUAGAACCAAUAAGUGAUGAUGAUAAAAUUAAGUUUUUACGAAAAGUUUUGGAAUAUGAGGGUGUAUCAAUAAUAAGUAAUAAACUGUUGAGUCUGUACAUCCAGUCCCUUUGUAAGGAUUCAAAAUAUGAAAAAGAACUAAAUGUUGUUUUAUCGUCGAUGGACCUGAAAACAACAGAUAUUAAAGAACUAUUUGACAUUUUAAAAGAGCACCAAAAAUACACCUGUCUAUUUGAUGUGAUGUUUAAGCUGCAUUUUUAUCCCAAAAUAAUCGACGAGUCGGAGAUUUGUUUCAAGGAUUAUUUCGGUGACGAAAAAAGUUGUUCGACACUUAGCAAGGAUAUUUUGGAAAGGCUUUAUUCCAGGGGACUAGCUGCUUGCAUAGAAGCUUGCAGUAUGGAGCUAUGGUCUCGAUUUCUUUUAAUUUUCUUUUCUGCUUACCAUAUGCUAGGAGUAACUGACAUCUGUACUGAAGAAAAAAGGAAUUUUUGUAUGGAAGCAAUUCAACAAAUCAUAUUGACAUUAUCUCUGAAUGGGGAGAAUGAAACCAUCGAUAAGGGAACAGAACAAAUAACCGAAGGUGUACUGGAUAAAAAAAAUCUUAUGUUGACCUCUGUUUUGACAAAAGUGCUAGAAAAUAGUGAGUUUAUUUUAUCCAAGAUUUCAAAAGUCAGACCAAUUCUACAAAGUAUUUUUAUUAAUUAUACAAUAGAACAGAUAUCUGCUCAGCUUAUUUUAAGAAUUUUCAAUUCUGAUUCCAAAAUCCUAACUGACAAUUAUCAAAGAUAUUCGUUGAAGGGAUGGAUGUUGCUGAAUAGAGAGUGUUUUGCUUGUGGUGAGGUUCUUUAUGGUCCAGAUAUUGAUAGAGAGGUUAUUAUCAACUGGUUGAAAACUGAAGGACAAAAGCUCACUGCGAAAGAUGAAAUUUUGCAAUCUGAAGACUUGGAUCUAAUUGUUUUUCAUUGUCUUCAUGGGUUUCAUAAACAAUGUUUGAAAAAAUUAGGACAAAAUAAUGGUAAAUAUAAAUGUUUGCAAUGUAUUCCAUAA